AUGGCGAAAACCAAGCAGACGGCGCGCCGCAGUACUGGUGGCAAGGCGCCUCGUAAACAGCUCGGGUCGAAGGCGGCGAGAGUAUCCGUUGGAGAGCUCAACGCUCGUGAGAGAAUAAUGUGGCUAUUGUCGCAAAGAACGGACGUAAUGAAGGUGUCGAAGAAUGAAGAAGCCUCGCCUCGUUUUCCGUACCAUGUAUGGGUUGGAACGAGGCUGACAAGGUAUGACUUGGAUUUGACCGAAAUGCUCCCCCUUUUCGGUCGACAUGUUCUCGUCCACGUAAGUGCGCGAGGAAAGCACGGGGACUCGGUAGAUGAGUUUUCCAGAGUCGGGUUGACUGAAUCGAUUGACGAUGAGCGUGUUUAUGAUCACGUGGAGGAUGAAACUUGGAAUAUUGAGUCCAUUUGCUAUAAUAGACUCGCAAAUAAGUACGUCGCCAUCGACGCACGCGACAAGUCGAAGCACGCCAUCCUGCUUUACACCCUACAAGUCUGUGGCGGGAACAAAUCUUCUGGCCACCAGAUCCAGAGCGACAAGUUCUACACCAACGGCAGAGACCACUUGUCAGCUUACCUUCUCAUUGAUGAGUGGUGCCAGAAGUAUCCUGGGCGCUGGUUGGCAAUGUCCACUUCCGGUGCCCGAACAGAGAGCUCUUUGGCGUCUUCUUUCCAUCUCCACAACCUUGGUGCUACUCCUUAUCAAGAUCGGACUGAUCUAUGCAUCCCAGCUGCCGUUUGCAACUCGAUACGUGCCCUCGGCGCGCGAAAGCUCGCCGAUUCGUAUUGGAAGCACUUCAAGGAGAAUGCGAAGUCGUUUGUGCAGCAUGGGAGUCUUCCGCGACGUAUUCGUGAUCUGAGAGAUGCCAACAAGCAUCUCAAACGAGAGGAAGUAGUUCUCGAGCAUACCUUCGGAUCGGUCCCAACGAUAGGCAAACUUCUUGAUGUCGAGUCGGGAGUGUUUGUUGUCACGCUUGAGGGGAGUUCAAACAAGUUGCAUACGGUGUGCGUAUCUUCAAAGGAUCACAUCAUAUUGGAUUGUAUGGAACCGUACCCCAUGCCCUUCUCCCUUCAAGCUUUGAAACUCUGUCUUGGUGAUGGAGUUAGUCUGCUCGAAAUUCGUGAAAUGGGAAAGGUCUGUCUUGUCCGUGCUUCCACCACAAGAGCGCUUAGCGCUUCCACUAAGCGUCGCGAACGUCGCAAGCUGAAAGCUGAAAGCAAUAAGUCGAAACAGCCACGCUCUUUUCUCUUUUCUUGCCUAUACGGGUUUCAUGAUAGCAAUUGCAUCUAUUCUCUACAUGCAUUAAGCGAUUUUGUGCCUAAGACUUAG